AAUGCAGUCAUUUAAACUUAAUAUGUAUAUAGAAUAGCUUGUCUUGUCGUAGAAAUAAAUGUUAUAGUUUAUUUUUUGAAGGAGAGUAGUUUUUUUUUCAAUCACAGUAAAAGAACCAGUGUACCAUAGGCGAGUACACGACAUGGCGUCCGCGACAGGAUUGUGAUUUGAAAUCAACGAUUCGAAAGAAUAUAAUAACUAUGUCAUCCUUGACUUUCCAACAAAAGCCUUUUUUCCCAUCUCCACCUGAUAAGGGAAGCUUUCCAUUGGAUCAUGAAGGAGAGUGUAAGAAGCAGAUGUUAAAAUAUUUACUAUGUCUUAAUCAGAAAGAAAAUUCUAACGCAGAAUGCAGAAAUCUGUCCAGAGAUUAUUUACAAUGUAGGAUGGAUAACAAUUUAAUGGCUCGUGAAGAAUGGGACAAGCUUGGAUUUGAUGAACAAAAAAAUGAAAAGAAUUAAUGGACAUGAUAAAAAAACUGUAAAAAUAUAUUAAUAAAGCAUUAUUAGUUGCAAAAAUUUAGCUGUUCUAAAGUGUA